UUCUGUGGUGUAAUUUUUUAAUCUUUUUAAUUAUUUUGCUUUUCGGGUCCGGGUCAUUUAACUUUAAUUUCUCGAAUUUGUCGAUUUGAAAUUUAAUAUAUCUCUGUUGAUAAUCGAUAAAAUAAUUAAUGCAUUAUAUUAUUAAGUUAUAGAAUACACAGUUUGUCAUACAUGCGUUAGAGUUUACAGUUUUCAUAAUAAAGUUCUAGGAUAAAGUUACCAAAAGCUUUAUGAUUUUCAUUGUGAUUGUUUAUCUUGGUUUUUAUGGGCAAAAUUUUAAAACUUCUAAGUUAUUAUGGCUCACCAUAUAAUAUCAGUGUCGAUAUUUUGUUUUAUUUGUGCUACGCAUUCGCCUUGUGCGUCUCACGCGGUCCUCGGCCACAUCGAAUUAUAUCGCCAUGACGUGUAUAAAGAUCCAAAUAUACCGAAAGUAGAAAACGACCUGCAACACAACACGAGGGAAAAGAUCAAACGGAGCAUUUCGUCCGGCAUCAAUUCCCAUGACGACCCCAUCGCAAGUCUCACUAAUCACGAUUCUGAUCACAAACCGAAGCGCAGUCUGGACAAGUUUAAUGGUAGCACUAAUAAAGACAUGGAGACUGAAUUUUUAAGAAAACUAUUUAAUAAGUACGGGGAUGGUGACAUCAUAACCAUAGAUGGGUUUAAGAAUAUGUUGGAUCGUCUCGAUUUGUUACAAGUUUUAUCUAAGAAGUUAGAUGAAAAUGUAGGGAUGAACGGCAAUAAAGAAGUGAUAGAAGUACCAGAACGUAAUAUUACGUGUCUGGAUCACAGUACUAUUCGAGUACUGAAACAAUCGACGGAACAGGAAAAUUGGAACCACUCCUCGUUCUCAGAGAUAUGUCCCAUAUUGAUAUACAGCAUACUGGGCGAGAGUUGUUCCCAUAAUGAAGAAGAACAAGUUUUCGAUAAUAUUUAUUAUGGAAAUAAUGGAAUGACCUGGGUAUAUUCGAUACUGGCAGUUUUUGUAAUUAGCAUUUGCGGCGUGGGUGCCUUGAUAAUUAUCCCGGUGAUGCAGAAAAGGUUUUAUAAACCUCUGAUGCAAUUUUUGGUAGCUUUAGCAGUAGGUACCCUUGCUGGAGAUGCUUUACUUCAUCUUCUUCCUCACGCGAUGGGUGGUAGUCACGAACACGGCCACCAUAACCACGAAGAGGAGAGCGGUGGUCACGAUGCUCACCUCCAAAAUACAUGGAAAGGAUUGGUGGCAAUGCUUGGUCUGAUAUUUUUCUUUAUAAUGGAAAGACUGAUUCUACUUAUUAGUAAAUGGAGGAAAAAUAGGCAAAAAGAUAAGACUGUUGCACAUGCUCAUGUUAAAAUUUACAAUGAUAAUGGCGAAAGAAGAAAUUCUACACAAUGUAUGGAUAAGUACAACACAUCUCCUUAUUGUUAUAAAGAUAUCAUGAACGAUACGCACACUACUUUCUUAGAACCCGAUAAUAGCGCACUGGAAUUAUUAGGUUCUAAACCCGAUCUCCAAAUGAAAAAUUCCAAAGAAGCUAACGCAGAAAAAAUAGAGGCUAACCAAAACGUCCCGGAUGCCGACUCGGUGUCCACUCCCUGCAUAGAGUCUCGAAUGCUGCCGCGCGAUCACGAAGACUAUACCGUCAUUGUCCGUGAACACGGCAACGAUCAUCACGGCCAUUCACACAAGCACGGACACGUUCAUUCUGCACCAAAGAAUUACUCUUCAGUGGCGUGGAUGGUAAUAAUGGGAGAUGGCCUUCAUAAUUUUACCGAUGGAAUGGCAAUUGGCGCUGCUUUUGCCAGCGGUCUAGCAGGGGGAUUUUCAACAACUUUGGCUGUCUUCUGUCACGAGUUACCUCACGAGUUAGGAGAUUUUGCGAUGCUCUUGAAAGCUGGCAUGAGUAUCAAGCAAGCACUGUUUUACAAUUUGUUAUGCAGUGGAUUGUGCGUCCUAGGAAACUUAGUGGGCUUGUUUUUAGGAAAUACCGAGACAGCAAACUCCUGGUUGUUCGCUGCAGCUGCCGGUACGUUCAUCUAUAUCGCUCUGGUCGACAUGAUCCCUGAACUGAGUUCAGCUCACGACGAAGACGAUAAUCUCUUACAGUGCUUCUUGCAUUUAAGCGGACUUCUUGUCGGUGUGGGUAUUAUGGCGGUUAUUGCCCUGUAUGAACACGAUCUAAAACAUAUUUUCAACGAGCCCGAGUAGCUACCACACUACUACAGUAUUUUUUUCUAAAUAGGACCAGUCUAUUACUUUUCUUAUUGUUUUUAAGUACAUUUAUUUUAGUUAUAGAAACACUAUUUAAACUUUACAAUAUUGUAUUGACGAAUUAGUUUUAUUUUUAAUAUUAUUUGUAAUGUCAGUUAUUUUUCAAGUCUCGAGCCAAUAAUAAUAUGGCAAAUUGAUAUUUUUUUAGAAAUGUCAUUAAUAUACAUACAUAUGGCUUUAGUAUUUAUAAGUAGACAAUAAGCUUAACAGUCAGAAUAAAGG